CGCAGAGAUGAUAAACAAACAUGGCCGCUUACAAGGCCAGAUUAAAAGCAUUUGAAGACACCUUAAACAAUGAGAAGAUUGACUUAAAAACUUUGAGGAAGUUAUGUUUCAAUGGUUGUCCUUACGAACAUGGGUACCGAUCAACAUGUUGGAAAAUUUUGCUGAACUAUUUGCCUUUAGAUGUAUCACAAUGGAAGGAAAUCCUUCAGAAACAAAGGAAGUUGUAUGCCCACUUUGUGGAUGAGAUGAUAGUGGAGCCCGGAAUGAAGGCCUCAGCAGGACAUCAGGUAGAUGAUCAUCCCUUAAACCCCAACCCUGACAGUAAUUGGGGAGCAUUCUUCAAAGACAAUGACAUGCUACUACAGAUUGAUAAGGACUGUCGUCGUCUAUGUCCGGAUCUGUUUUUCUUCCAAAAGGCGACAGACUUUCCCUGUAAGGAGAUAAUACACGCGGACUCUCGGGUCGAAACUCUCAGGAAGAGGGUGGAACACUGUGUCCUCCAAUCAGAAAGCCUGCAGGUGGACAGGUUCGGCAAGUCUAAUAUGAUAGCGACGAAUCUAGGGUACUCUUUAUUUACUCUUUAUUUAUACGCUAACCUUACCCCGGGCCAAGGAUACGUACAGGGCAUGAAUGAGAUUUUAGGACCCAUUUAUUACACAUUUGCUUCCGAUCCAAGGAACGAGUGGAAAGAAUUCGCGGAAGCUGACUCCUUUUUCUGCUUUACAAAUUUAAUGGCAGAAAUACGUGAUAUUUUUAUCAAGACACUAGAUCUUGAUGCGGAAUGUGGAAUUGGCAGUAUGAUGGCCAAGUUUUCUAAGAAACUGAAGGAUAAGGACGAAUUUCUGUAUAACAGAAUCCAGGAACUGGACCUUAAGCCUCAGUACUACGCCUUCCGCUGGCUGACCCUCCUCCUGUCUCAGGAAUUCCCAUUACCAGAUGUACUUCGUAUAUGGGACUCCUUGUUUGCUGAUGAAAACAGAUUCAAUUUCCUCAUCUGCAUUUGUUGUGCCAUGCUUAUGAGUGUCAGGAAUGAUAUUAUCAACGAAGAUUUCCCCACGGUGAUGAAAUUAGUGCAGAACUUCCAGUUGUCUAAAAUCGAUCUCCAAUUGGUGCUGGCCAAGGCAGUAGACAUCAGAUAGCAGAAAACACCCAAAUCUUUAUGUGCAAUCGCCUCGAUAUUUGCUGGAAAAGGAAAGGAGGAAGGACCAUCCUUUCAUGUUUGGAAAACAGAGACUGCUCCUUUGUCCAUCAAAACCUGUCUUUCAUGGCAUUUCUAUUUUUACAUGAUCAACAAGUGUGUGUUGCGGGUUGUCAUUAACUUGAACACAUUGUAUACUCGUGUAUUUUUGAUACAAUGGUUGCUAAAUUGUUUUUGUUUAUAAAUUGUUGUUUUAUAUAAAUAAAGCAAUAUACAUUCCUAA